AUGUCGGCCUCGCCACUCACCCCAGGCAAGCAUACUACAACACUCAAUAACCUGACAAUCCACUACCAUGUCAUCGCCGACUUGCCUGGCCUUCCCCCUCUGAUCGUCUGUCCUGCUCCAUGGGGAAUCGGCGCAGAUUUGUAUAUCAAGGCCUUCUCCCGUCUCUCCUCAAGAUUCACACUAAUUGUCCCGUCUCCACGUGGCAAUGAUGAUUCGCAAAGUCCGGCCAACCCACAAGAGAUGUCCACGCGCCACCACGUCGAAGACGUGGAGGCUCUGCGGACACACCUCGGUCUCGAGAAGAUCAAUGUCAUGGGACAUUCGGCCGGCGGCGCCGUCGCACUAGGCUACGCGAUCGCGUAUCCGCCACGGGUGGAAAAGCUCGUCCUCGUCAAUUCCGACCUCUUGGGCUACGCCCGCCAGGACCGGUCCUUCUUCGAGGAAGUCUUCAAAGUUUUCUUCGAGAACAUGCCCACGAACGACGCCGACUUCAGGCAGUUUCUCCUGAAAAUCAUUCCGCGGUACUUUGCCCACCCGGAGCUGGGAGGCCCAGCCGAGUUCGAGAAGCAAUGGACCGGCGAACCCAGCCUGUGGGCCUACGGCUCGUAUUACAGCGCCGAUUCUGCCUCUGCGCCCGGCGAAGGCGCCCCGGCAGACGGCAACGCCAAAUGGAACGAAGCCGCCGAGCUCCACAAAGUCACCGCCCCAACGCUGGUGCUCACGGGGAGGCAGGAUCGCGUCGCUGCGCCAGAGGUCAGCACCGCCAUCGCCGACGGUAUCAAGGGCAGCAAAUUGGCCAUCUUGGAAUCUUGCGGGCACAUGUCGUGGGUCGAGCAGCCCGAACAGUUCUGGAGUGCGGUGGACGGCUUCCUAAGCAGUUAG